AAGAGGCCUACAGAUAGCCCUGAACUCAACUCCCAAAGCUGCUACAGAACCCAAGCAGAUCCAGGAUGAACAGCUUCCUCUUCCUCCUCACCAUCAGCCUCCUGGUUAUAGUUCAGCUACAAACUGGAGUCUUGGGAAGCCAGAAUGCUACCGAAAAGGCUGUUACCACUGUCAAGAUCAUCACCCACUCGAGGACCAGGGAAACUGUCAUGAAUAGUGGGGCGUCAGCUCUCAGUGAUGUGGGUGGCGGCAGUUUCCUUUUCUUCUUGGCCAACACCCUAUUCUUCUUCUUCUACCUCAGCUAAGGUGAUGGUGUCACCUCUAGCCCUAUGCCCCUAAAACAGCUGCUACCAUCAGUAGUCAGGGACGUCUCCAUCCAGUCCUUGAGAGGGAUAGACACCAGAGAUGCCAGAAAAUUGACAGGCACUGUGGUAGGGGCAAUGGCCAGAAGGGAGGUACUAAUGGGA